GCGGAAUGUUUUAUCAAGAAUUUGAAUAACAAUUUAAAAAAAUUAUCACCCUUGUGUGAAAUAUUUGCAUUGUACACUUCAUAUAUAAGUUCGAAUCUUUUAUUUUCAUUUACUGGAUUUCAAUUACUGGAUUAAAAAUGAAUUUCUACUUGUUCUGUGCAAGCAUUCUCCUUCUUUGCUUUGGGUUGACCAUAGCUGAAAAUUGUACGUGCACCACCUUUCUUAUGGGAGAAGAUGAUUAUACUAGAGAAAAAGAAACCAUGUCAUUUGAAUUUGAUAUAGAGAAUACCAAGUGUGAUUUUGAUCUUACCUUAAAGUGCCAGCGUGCCUGCAUUAAUAAGUUUAAUCUGCUGUCAGAUGGGGGCAAAUUAUGCUCUGUAAUACAGGGAGGUCAAGAAAAAGUUGGCGAUCUGAUGUGCGAAGCUAUCAACAGGGACGUAUGUAAUAGAACAAUAGGUAUCAUGCUGAAGGACUGCGGCAGUGCGGUUUUCCCAUUUGUUGAUUCAGGUUACCGAUUUGAAGAUGAAAUUUGCUGUAAAUCAGGAAAAGACACAAAUUGUUAAAAAACGCAUAGCUUUCUGCAUAAACGCAAGCGUUUGUUGAAACAUUUAUGAUACAUUUCUGAAAUAUUUCGAUUAAAAGAAAAAUCAAAAUUUAAAAGAAA